AUGUCGGGGGAAACAGCGCAAUUAUUACAAAAAACAAUUUAUGGAGAUAUAUCAGAUCCAGUUGUGCCAACACCUUAUAUCAAAGUAUCGGAUGAAAAAUUUGAAUUAUUUGCUGAUUGGCAACUUAUCACAGAAACAACAAAUCCUGCGACAGCAUUGGCAGUAUUAUUAUCCUUAUACAAUAUAUUUGAAAUUAAAUUUACAAAAAAUAAUUGUGCUUCGCAUUUAUUAUAUGGUAUCAUUUUUCAAGAUGGAAAUGAACUUGGCAAAAGUUUACGUACAGUCUUAAGUUCAUGGGAUUAUAUAUUUGAAAAUAGAACACAAGGACCACAAAUGCAAAAGAGAAAUGAUAUUCACGAUGUUUAUACUCAAGCAACACAAUCAUCAAAAUCGCCUGACAAUCGAAUGAAUAAUUAUUCGUUUUCAUCAGAACGAACGACAACAAGCUCACGUCAAUUAUUCUCACCGACAAUAGAAAGAAGACAAAAGCAGAUACAAAGAAUUGUACAAGAAGUUAAAAAUGAUAUUAAUCGAGAACUACACGAUCUAUCGUCUGAUUCAUCUGAAAAAUCGGAAGCAGCAACAAGUACUGAAACAAUACAAGAUCUAUCAUCGUCCAUCACCACAAAUAAUGAAUCAACGUUAUUAGAAGACAUUAUCAGUUUCGAUCCAGUAUUGACAACAAACAACGAAGAAAACGAAGACUCAGCUUAUCGACAUGUAUCAUACGAAUGGGGUUGCCGUUACUUUCAUAUACGAUCUCAUUCAACAACAUGUCGUGGAAUGUUUCGGAUAUCAUGA